UGAAUCAUUCGAUUAAAAGUCGUGACGGGAUAAGGGUGUGUUUCAAGCUGUUUAGGAAAUUAGUGUCGCCACCAUUGUAAUUCGUUUAUAGUGUAAUUAUGAUAUGACAAAAUACUUACGUUGCAUAUAAACAGUGAAUUUUAGCACUCCACAAUGGCAGGCGCUCAUCCAAGAUUUUCGCGGAAAUUGCUUCAGGCCUUGAGUUACCUGUUUUUGAUAUCUCUUGCAGAAUAUAUACCUGGAUGUGCGUCGGAAGAUGGGCAUUGUGUGUGGUACGGCGUAUGUACUCAGAGCCCUUUUACUAUCUACAACUGCGCUUAUAAUGGUACAGCGCAACCCAUAGACAAUGCGUCACUGCCAAUCAUCCAGAUGUACUGUCCGUCGAUCGCGGCUGGCGGCGUAUCGUGCUGUAACAUCGAACAGUUAAAAAAUUUCGAGAGCAAGAUCGUGCAGGCAGAGAACAUUCUGUCGCGCUGUCCCGCCUGCUAUAAAAACUUCCUACAGCACAUCUGCGGCAUGACUUGUGAUCCUGAACAGAGCAAAUUCAUCAAACCAGUCAAGAGGUCGUUUAACAAAGAUAAAAAGGAACAGAUCGAAGAGAUUGACUAUCAUCUCGGUGCCACCUAUAUGAAUUCUACAUUUGACUCAUGUCUGCAGGUCCAAAUGCCAUCGAGCAACCAACGAGCGUUGGAUUUGAUGUGCGGGAAGUGGGGCGCGUCGUACUGCACGCCGCAGCGGUGGUUCGACUCCAUGGGAGAUUCGUCAUCACCCUUCGUGCCCUUCCAGAUCAAUUAUAUCUCGGGAGACAUGCCUGAUGACCAGGUCGUACCCUACCAGCCGCCUACGACGUCCUGCAGUGCCAGUAUCAAUGGUCAGCCGGGCUGCUCGUGCCUGGACUGCGCGGCGUCGUGCCCCGUGCCGCCGCCGCGCCCGCCCCCGCACCGGCCCUUCACCAUCAUGGGCACGGAUGGAUACGCCUUCGUCAUGGCCAUCAUCUUCCUCAUCUUCUCCACGCUCUUCCUCAGCGGCGUCUACUGCUGCAAUCCGCACGAGAACCAAGUCGACGAUUGGGCGCGCGGCGGGGAGGACGUCCGCGGCGGCUCGGAGACCAGUCCGCUGCACAGCCACAGAUCUAGUGUAGCUUCAGACACGAACCAAGAGAUGUCUACCAACCCGACUAGUGUGGGAUGGACAGGGGAGCAGGGUGAGGGCGGUGACGCGACCUUCUUCGAGCGUCUCGGAGCAGAGACUGAGACCAGGCUGGAGGACUUCUUCCAGUGGUGGGGAUGCAUCAUGGCAUCGCGACCUUGGAUCGUCUUAUUCCUUGGUCUAUGUUUUGUGGUUUCUCUGGGCUUCGGUAUAAAGUAUAUGCAAGUGACGACCAACCCUGUUGAACUGUGGGCGGCGCCGAACUCCCGCUCUCGUAUGGAACGGGACUACUUCGAUACACACUUCGAGCCCUUCUACCGCACGGAGAUGCUCAUCAUCAGCUCCAAGGGUCUGCCCAAGGUGGAGUAUACGACGGAGAGCGGCACCGUCUUCGACUUCGGACCAGUUUUCAACUCUACCUUCUUACUUAACGUGUUGGAUCUGCAAGAGAGGAUUAUGGCAUUGGGCAAUGAGACAAAGUUGGAGGACAUUUGCUUCGCGCCGCUGCAGUCGCAGUUCUCGUCGGCCACCACGGCGUCGGAGUGCGCCGUGCAGUCGGUGUGGGGCUGGUGGGGGAACAACCGCGAGAACCUCAUAGACAGCCUGGAUGAUAACGCCUAUCUGGAAACCGUGCUGUCUUGUGCCAGUAACCCGUACUCGUGCCUGGCGCCGUACGGCGGGCCGGUGCUGCCGGGCGUGGCGCUGGGCGGCUUCCUGGCGCCCGGCGAGCCGCUCACCGCCGCCUCGCGCUUCCACCAGGCGGACGCCCUCAUCAUCACCAUCCUCGUCAACAACAAACACGACACCAACCAGCUCAAACCAGCUUUAGAAUGGGAAAAGAAAUUCAUAGAGUUUAUGAAGAAUUACACUGAGAACGAGAUGCCGUCGUACAUGGAUAUCGCGUAUACUUCCGAGCGCUCCAUAGAGGACGAGCUGGACCGCGAGUCGCAGUCCGACAUCUCCACUAUCCUCGUCUCUUACUUCAUCAUGUUCGCGUAUAUCGCUAUCUCGCUCGGCCGCUUCACCACCUGCUCCCGACUGCUCAUCGACAGUAAAGUCACCUUGGGAUUAGGAGGUGUGUUGAUUGUGCUGGCGUCCGUGGCGUGCUCGGUGGGCAUGUUCGGGUACGCGGGCGUGGCCGCCACCCUCAUCAUCGUGGAGGUGAUCCCCUUCCUGGUGCUGGCGGUCGGCGUCGACAACAUCUUCAUCCUGGUGCAGAGCAGCCAGCGCGAGCCGCGCAGACCUAAUGAGACCGUCGCUGAACAUAUUGGAAGGACGUUGGGUCAAGUGGGCCCGUCGAUGUUCCUGACGUCGGUGUCGGAGUCGGUGUGCUUCUUCCUGGGCGCGCUGAGCGACAUGCCGGCCGUGCGCGCCUUCGCGCUCUACGCCGGCGCCGCGCUGCUCGUCGACUUCCUGCUGCAGGUCACCUGCUUCGUGGCGCUGCUCGCCAUCGACACGCACCGGCAGAACGCCAACAGAUUCGACGUGCUGUGCUGCCUGAGCGGCAGCAAGGCGGAGGGCGCGGCGGGCGCGGGCGAGGGCGCGCUGUACAAGCUGUUCCAGCACGCCUACGUGCCCUUCCUGAUGCGGCGCGAGGUGCGCGCCACCGUCAUGAUCGUCUUCUUCGCCUGGCUCUGCUCCUCCGUCGCGGUGGCGCCGCACAUAGAGAUAGGUCUGGACCAGGAGCUGUCGAUGCCUCAGGACAGCUUCCAGCUGAAGUACUUCCAGCACCUCAACAAGUACCUGAACAUCGGGCCCCCCGUCUACUUCGUGCUGAUGGAUGGACUGGACUUCUCCCGGAAAGAGGCACAGAAUAUGGUCUGCGGUACCCGCUUCUGUAACCAAGACAGCCUCUCUAUGCAACUCUAUGGAGCGUACCUGUCCUCCAACGAGACGUACCUGGCGCAGGCGCCCAACUCUUGGCUGGACGACUUCUUCGACUGGGCGGCGUCGCCCGACUGCUGCAGAUACUUCCCCGCCAACUCCAGCUUCUGCCCCAACUCCAACACCAGCUGCAAGAAAUGCAACAUAUCACUAGAGGAUCCAGAACAGAGACCGAACGCGUCCGACUUCGAUCACUACGUGCCCUACUUUUUACAAGACAAUCCGACUCCUUCGUGUCCCAAAGGCGGGCAUGCGGCGUAUUCGCAGGCCGUUAACUACAAAUACAAGAAUAAAACGAAAAUCGGUGCAACUUUCUAUCAAGGAUAUCAUACCGUGUUGAAGACGAGCAAUGAUUACUACUCCGCGUUGCGCGCCGCGCGCACGGUGGCCGCCAACCUCACAGAGACAAUCAAUAGACAUCUGAAGAGUAUGAACGAGACGGCGACAGUCAACGUGUUCCCCUACUCCGUCUUCUACGUCUUCUACGAACAGUACCUCACUAUGUGGCCCGAUACCUUGAAGAGUAUGGGCAUUUCUGUACUUUCUAUAUUUAUUGUUACUUUUAUAUUGAUGGGAUUCGAUUUGUUCUCCGCUUUGGUUGUGGUGAUAACAAUAACAAUGAUAGUGGUGAACAUCGGCGGCCUCAUGUACUGGUGGGGCAUCAGCCUCAACGCAGUCUCCCUUGUCAACUUGGUGAUGGCGGUGGGCAUCGCGGUGGAGUUCUGCUCGCACCUGGUGCACAGCUUCAGCGUGUCGGGCGGCGCGUCCCGCGAGCAGCGCGCCGCCGCCGCGCUCACGCGCAUGGGCUCCUCCGUGCUGUCCGGCAUCACGCUCACCAAGUUCGGCGGCAUCAUCGUGCUCGCCACCGCCAAGAGCCAGAUAUUCCAAGUGUUCUACUUCCGAAUGUACCUCGGCAUAGUGUUGUUCGGCGCCGCGCACGGCCUCGUCUUCCUGCCCGUCAUGCUCAGCUAUAUCGGCAUAACCCGUCGUCGGGGACGCUGGCGGGUGUCAGGACGCGGCCGCGCCUACGGCAGUCUAGACAACCCGCCGGAGCCCCACGCAUCCAGCUCGGAGCCCCUCACCAACGAGAUGUAGCGACAUCUAGUGAACGCGACUCGCAAUCACAUUGUACACGAUACUUCUAGUUCGUACAGACCAUCUUGAUACUUGCGAACUUUAUUUAAUAAUGAAUUUGUUUAUUAAUUGUAGAUUAAAGUGUUUUAAAAAUGCGUUUCUUAUGACGUAUUUUGUUUUUGAUAAAAUGUUAACGAAAAGUUGUACUUUAGAACAACGAAAUUAUACGAGUUAUUUAACUAAAGAAUGUAAAUAAGCAGAGUAAUAAAAUAUUAUUCUAAGCUUUGUUAUAGAUAAGUGACAUUAUCUAACAAUUAAGAAAUUUAAAAUUAACGUAUUGGUGUGACAAGAGGAUUGCGAAUCGCGACAUCUAGUGGACUCGGAAGAAACUAAAAGCAAGUGGAAAAUGUGAAGUUAUUGCAGCUAGAGGACUGUAACGGUGUAGUGUAGUUUAAUAUCGUGGUAACUGAUGUUUUAUCUCAAACAUUUUACGUUACAAAGCAAAAAUAAAAGAAGCCAGGAAGUCUCAAACUUUGUAGAAAAAAAACAUUUCAAAUAUCAAACUGGUGUAAAACUUAUCAACAAAAUAUCGUUAAUAAUUUUUUUGUCUUCCACAUUUUGUUCUGUAGACCAAAGACAUGAUUAUUUUAGUCUUUGAGUGUUAUAUUAUAAUACUUGUAUGGAAGGGCGGAUCCAGCUUUGGCGCCAGGGGAGGGUGGGUCACAAAGUCGUGGUCAAGUCAAGAGCUCAGGGGGGGUCAUGAACCCCAUGACCCCCCCCCCCUGGAUCCGCCAUUGCUUGUAUGAUAUUAUUAGAUGCCAUUUUAUCGAAGUCUCGAGAUAGUUGAAAUAAUUUAAACUUAGUAUUUUUGUCUAGUAAUGAAUUUUAAUUGUAAAUGUGGAACUUUAAAGUUUAA